UGUUUCUUGUUUCGGAAUAUAUAAUGGCAGACACAGCACACGUGAAGACCGAGCACGGCAGCCACCUGAACGGGUACACGUCAAAGUCACUGAAUUCUAAGAAGCGAUCACACAGCGAGUCGGUAGACAGCGACAACGACGAUGGGGAGAUCAAGGAGUUCUCGCCGACAAAGUCCGAGUUUGAACCUGAUGCCUCUCAGCCUGAUGUGACGGAGUCCGAAAAGCCCACUGCAAAGGAAGGCGAGGAGGGUGAGGAGAAGACAGCAGCUGUCGAGGAGCGUCAGGGUCUGAUUCGGUUUGAGGUGGUGUACAACGACACAUGCGACUCGUCGAUGCGUCUGUUGACAGGGCUCAAGAACAUUUUCCAGAAGCAGCUGCCAAAGAUGCCCAAGGAGUACAUUGCGCGGCUGGUGUACGAUCGCAACCACUCGAGCAUGGCUAUUGUCAAGGGUGCCAGCCAUGUGGUUGGUGGAAUCACGUUCCGGCUGUUUGAGCAGCGGCAGUUUGCUGAGAUAGUGUUUUGUGCCGUGUCGUCGUCUGAGCAAGUGAAGGGGUACGGGUCGUUUCUGAUGAACAACCUCAAGGACUAUAUCAUGGCAAACACUGGUGCUCGGCACUUUUUGACGUAUGCCGACAACUAUGCGAUUGGGUACUUCCAGAAGCAGGGUUUCACCAAGGAAAUCACACUCGACAAGCGACUGUGGAUGGGGUACAUCAAGGACUAUGAGGGCGGAACGCUGAUGCAAUGCUCGAUGGUUCCGAAAGUGAAGUACCUGGAGGUCAAGGAGAUAUUGGCCAAGCAGCGUGAGGCGGUGCUGGAGAAAAUUCGGGCGCAGACGCGGUCGCAAAUCGUAUAUCCAGGUCUCACUUGCUUCAACGACGGUGGUAGUGGGAUAGACCCAAUGUCCAUUCCGGGAAUCGCAGAGUCGGGGUGGACGCCAGAGAUAGACGAGAUGAAUAGGCGGCGGGCGCGCAGCAAGCUGAACACCUGGCAGAUAACGGUGGUGAGCGAGCUCCUAGUGCACCCCUCGGCAUGGCCGUUCCAGAAACCAGUAGAUCCACAGGAGGUCCCCGACUACUAUGUUGUCAUCAAGGAGCCCAUGGAUCUGCAGACGCUCGAGGACAAUGUCGACAUGAACAAGUAUCCGACUCUGGAGGCGUUCGUGAACGACACGCGCAAGAUCUUUGUCAACUGCAAAAACUACAACGGCGAGGGCACACGGUACUGGACAUGUGCCUGCCAGCUCGAAAAGUUCUUCGAGGACAAGGUGCGUGACUACAAGGGCCGGCAGACCAAGUAAACCCAGCAGCCAAGCGCAGGUAGCACACACCAAGGAAGUGCGGAAGGCAAUAAAUGAUAUUGAGUAAAGAACAGGUUACUGAAGGGGUGAUGCACUAAACAAAAA